AUGGGCGAAGCUGAGGUGCCCGGGUGGCUCAAGUCCCUGCCGCUCGCGCCUGUGUACCGCCCCACCGAGACCGAGUUCGCGGAUCCCAUUGCGUUCAUCUCCAGGAUCGAGGAGGAGGCCGCCGGGUAUGGCAUCUGCAAGGUCAUCCCGCCCAUCCCCAGGCCCUCCAAGAAGUUCGUCCUGUACAAUCUCAAGCGCUCCCUCUGCAAAUUCCCCGAACUGGGCGAUGUUGCCGACUCCGGGAACCCUACAAGUUCCCCAGGCGAGGCUGUGUUCACGACUAGGCAUCAAGAACUGGGGUCUCGGCGGACUCGGCUAGCUGUGCACAAACAGGUGUGGCAGAGCGGUGAGCUGUACACUGUGGAGCAAUUCGAGGCCAAGUCCAGGGUCUUCGCCCGGUCCCAGUUGGGCGGCGCCAAGUGUGAUGACCCUGUUCUCGUGGAGGCGAUGUUCUGGAAGGCCGUCGAGGAGAAGCCGACGUAUGUUGAGUAUGCCAAUGAUGUUCCUGGUUCUGGUUUCUGUUCCCCGACGGAGACGUUCCGGUGCUCCCGCUCCCCCCGCCAGCAGAGGCGGAGGAGGAACUUCAAUCCGGCCGUCGGGAAUGUGGCGGAGCAGCAGGAUGACUCGCUCCCCGAUAGCCAAGAUGAUUUGGGCCCCCCUUCCGUCGAUGUCUGGGAGGGGUCGGCAGGCUGGAAGCUAUCCAACAGUCCAUGGAACCUGCAGAUGAUUGCGAAGUCUCCUGGGUCGCUCACCCGCUUUAUGCCUGAUGAAGUGCCCGGCGUUACCUCUCCCAUGGUCUACAUUGGGAUGUUAUUCAGCUGGUUCGCCUGGCACGUGGAGGACCAUGAACUCCAUAGCCUGAACUUCCUCCAUACGGGCUCACCCAAGACAUGGUAUUCUGUGCCAGGAAGCUAUGCGUCGAAAUUCGAGGAGGCCGUGAGGAUUCAGGGCUACGGAGGGCACGUUGACCCACUAGGUAACGAUAGUGACUCAUCUCAGCUGCGUGGACCUUUGCUGGACCAAACAUCAACUUAUUGUGUAUCAUGUUGGGUUCUUGUUCUUCUUAUGGCAGUUUCUUUCACUCUUUUGGGUGAGAAGACGACUUUGCUGUCUCCAGAAGUCAUUGUCCAAUCAGGGAUUCCAUGUUGCCGGUAGAUCUUCAAUGCCUGACACAAAACUUUGACUCUGCUUUUCUAUCACCAUUUGACUUUACAUAUGCGGAUACUUCGAUCCUCUGGUAGCCUAAACUUAUUAUCGGAGAUGGCUUGUUCUUCAGGUUAGUGCAGAAUCCAGGGGAAUUUGUGGUGACCUUUCCUAGAGCAUACCAUGUAGGAUUCAGCCACGGUAAUCCUUCAUUUAGCCCUCUAUUCUCUGCAUAUUGACUUUAAUCCAUUUCUCAUUAUUCCUCAAUGAUGAUGGGGAUCCUCAAACUUACUCAAUUUUCUGUUCUUGUACGUAUAUUUAAUUUGAAUCCGACAUCUGGAUUAUAUUUUUACCUUCAUAUUCCUUUUUUCUAUUUUUGUUUGCUGGAAGUGCCUUCACUCUCAUCCUGAAAUAUCUCAAUAAACAGGCUUCAAUUGCGGGGAGGCUGCCAAUUUUGCUACCCCAAAGUGGCUCCAUGUGGCAAAAGAAGCUGCAGUGCGCAGGGCCACCAUGAAUUACCUCCCCAUGCUUUCCCAUCAACAGCUGCUUUACAUGUUGACAAUGUCCUUCAUUUCAAGGUAGAUCUAUAGCCUUUAUUUGGGUAAAGCUGAUUCUGAAAUCUGACCGGAGAUGUGCUUUCCUUGCUCUGUGUAGCUUUUGCUGCCUAAACCCUUCUCAUCAUCCUUGUUACACCCAGAAUACGUUUCAUCAUAUCAUCAAUGUCUUGUUAUAGCUGGAUAAUUUUGUCUGACUUAAGAUGAAAUCAAAGUCACGGGUAGCACAGGUGUAAAUCGGUCCUGGGUUUUUCACUUCGUUUUUUUUUUUUUCGGGGUAAAAAGUUCAAUAGGCCCUUAUUUCCUCUUUGAAAUAACCGCACUUGGUAUUUCUAAAGGUGUUGAGAUUAACACCUCAUACCUAAUUAAUUCUGCAUACUUUUCUGUUCCACCCGUUGAUCGUUACUGGCUACAGAAGGCGGCUAUACUCUUUAUAUCCAAAAUUAAUACGAGUAGAUGAAUGGAUAGCUUCUGUGUUAGUGGUUUUGUUCUUCUUUCUUUCAGCCUGCCUUCCUUGUGUCUGGAAUUUGGUUGAACGUCAAUAUUUCCUAGCCUGUUGUUCUCAAUGACGCAUCUCCACUCAAUCGCUUCACCUAGAUUGGUAGAACCCAAUAAUUCGUAAUCAUUUUAUAUUUCUUCCAUAGAUUAUACAUUUUGAGGAUGCCUUUCAUGGUGAAUCUGAGAUUGUUGGUGAUUCUGAUAAAGUUAAGACGUUGAGAGAGCACGAUCUUUAUUUUUAAAUAGUCAAGUUUUUUUUUUUUUUUUCUUGUUUUGGUGUCCAAAAGUAUUUGGAAAGGGCACCUGAUUGUUAUCUUUUCUCCAGUUUGAAUCUGCUGGAAUUAUUUUAAUGCCAGAGUUCCUGGAGCCUUCCUCCCAGGUGUGCGGAGCUCUCGCCUGAGGGACCGGCAGAAGGAAGAGAGAGAGACCCUCGUCAAGAAAGCAUUCUUGGAUGAUCUGAAGAAUGAACUCCGCCUGGUGCAUGCCCUCUUGGGAAAGGAUCCAGAUUUCUCUGCAGCCUUGUGGCACCCUGAUUUGCUUCCAUCCCCGAGCAAUUCCCCCCAGAAGUUUCCCUCGUCCCCCUCCCAUGGGGAGUCUGGAUUAUCUGUGGAUGAGCACAGGGAUGAAGCUAAGGAGGAUGGCUUAAAGGAAGAUGACGAGGACGAUGAUGACAAAGUUGAGGUUUCUGGUUCAGAAGAUCUGCAGGCCUUUUGUGCUGGGGACGGCGACUUGCCCUGUGGUUUGGACGUCGACUCCGGCACGUUGACUUGCACUGCAUGCGGCAUUCUCGGGUACCCCUUUAUGUCUGUUAUCCAGCCCCGGGGGAAGUCAACGAACCUCCUUUCUGGAGAGGGGGUUGCCGAUGAGAAGAUGCCUGUAGCAGAGACAACAGGGGAUCUCGGAAGUGAGUGGGACACCUCUGACAGAUCUCUGAGGUCGAGGAUCUUCUGCCUACAGCACGCUCUGGACAUCUGGGAACUUCUGCAACGCGAGGGCGGCGUCGCCCGUGUUCUUAUUAUCUGCCAUUCAGGUGAUGCUUCUUUCAGAAUCUCCAGUUGCUUUUCCUCUUUCCUGGUUUUCUUUCCGAUUCUCCAGGACCGAUCCAGUAGACUUACUGGUUCUCUUUCAUCUUCCUGAAUUCGUCAGAUUACCUCAAGAUCAGAGCUCACGCUUCAGUGGUGGCCGAAGAGGUUGGUUACAAGACCGGCCCUGAAGAAGAGGUUCCUCUGCGGAGCGCCGCCCCGGCGGAGCUGAGCUUGGUCAGCAUCUCGAUUGACGAGGAAGAACACGAGGAGAAGGGAGAAGACUGGACAUCGAAGAUGGGUCUGAACCUGCGCAACUGUGUGAGGCUGAGGAAAGAAUCUCCGUUGAACAGGGAGCGACUGAGGUUGGAUUUGGGUGGUGCCUUCUCCGACGAAGGUCAUCCCCUCCCGGAUGCUUCCGCCCUGAAAUGGCUCUGCCGGAGAACUCGCACGCUGCAACAGAGGCCCCCUGCCCCGGGCCAAUCCAGAGAAACACCGCCGCCGGUGAAAAGGCGUCGAGGUCGUCCGAGGAAGAACCCUAAUCGAGAUCGUGUAGACGGAGAAGAAGCUUUGGUGACCGAGGAGAAGGUGUGCCUUCUUGAUGAUGCCCAGAUGGAUCAACAGGUUGAAUCUUCAGCGCCGGAUAACCUAAUCAGUCAGGAAGCCAACCCUUCAGCGGCUCCGGAGGAACCGCCGCCUUGUGGAAGCGCUGUUCUUCUGUGUUCCAGAGGGGAUAGCGGGAGCAAUGGUGAGAUUGGCAGCUCAGGGGAGUCGGAAUUUCAGGCGAGCAAUGCGCCGCCAGCCGCUGAAAGCUCAGAGCAGCCUCUCAGAUGCACAUCUGCUGCUUCGAGCCCAUUGGAGGAAUUCUCCGCCCAGGAAGAAGACGACGCAGAAGGCUCGAAGUCUCAUCAAAUAUCUCCUCCCGCGGAAGCAGAAGGUAAAAAAAUGUCCGGGAAUGGCGGGCAUCCGGCGGUGCUGAAGCAGUACGAGCGGCGCCGGCGGCAGAAGAAGAACAGUCAGGGCCAGUGCCCGGCUGCGGAUGAUCAUCCUCAUCACCUCCCUCCUCAGAGGAGCGAAGGAAAAAGAGAGGAAGAAGAAGACCAACAGAUGAGAGAUCUCCAACUGAGCUGCAGUGGGUUCAUUCGCGGGCCCUGCGAAGGGUUGCGGCCGAGGGGGAAGCACUCGGCGGCGAAUCCCCUGGAAGCGCCCCCGCAGAAGAAGCGGCGCCGCGGCGGGCAAGGCGGCGCCACCGGCAGCGGGCCGUACCAGUGCGAUCUCCAAGGCUGCAACAUGGGAUUUCGCACGGCGAGGGAGCUCCAGCUUCACCGGAGGAACCGGUGCACCUUCAAGGGCUGCGGGAAGCGGUUCGUCUCCCACAAGUACGCCGUGCGCCACCAGUGCGUGCACGCCGACGAGAGGCCCCUCCGUUGCCCGUGGAAGGGAUGCGGGAUGAGCUUCAAGUGGGCAUGGGCGAGGACGGAGCACCUGCGGGUGCACACCGGGGAGAGGCCGUACGAGUGCAAAGUGGCCGGGUGUGGUCUGACGUUCAGGUUCGUCUCAGACUUCAGCCGCCACCGCCGGAGAACAGGGCAUUACCCCGGGUAG